CUGGAAUUGCAACUCUUACGAGUUGAAAUUAAUUGCGAAAGGUUCAUUUCACUUUUGUAGGGUUUGAGAUGAAAACGGUUUUAGCGCUUUUCGCGCUUGCUUUGUGCGCGAGCUUAAGCUCCGCUGAAAUUUCAAUAUGUACGAAGAAUUCGACGGCCAACAAAUGUGUGAAGACUGUGCAUACCUGUCAUGGAGUCGUUAAAGGCAGAUGCUGCCAUUUGAUGUGUGAAUGCAACAAAGGAUUUGUGUUCGAUGAGCAGCGGAAUGAUUGCGUUAAGAAGGAAGAUUGUGUUAUGAAGAAAGAUUUCAUUAAGAAAGAAGGAUCAUUGAAGAAAAAAAUGAAAGGUUGUCAUUGCGAUGCAGAGAACAAUGAGAAGGUAAAGCAUUGUUCUAAUUGUGUGGACACGUGUCAGUCCAAGGGAUUAUCAGGUGCGCGUAAAUUGUUGCAUGCAUUUCGUAAAAAGGGGUGCGCUUGUAAAAAGGGUUACAUUCUGGAUGAAAGGGACAACAGGUGCGUGAAGAGUUGCGGUCAGGAGACACCGUCGGUUUCUGAUGACGGACAGCUAAAAUUGAAUGGAGAACAGGCUCAAAUAGAAGAGGAAGAAUCUUUUGGAGCGGGGUAUGGUGAUGAUGGUGAAGAUGACACAAUUGAUGGUGAUGACGAGAAGGAGGAUGAUGAAAAGGAUGAGGACGGUGAUGAUAAUUAUAAUAAUCAAAACGUAGAUGAAAAUAUAGAUGGAAGUAUAUUAACUGCAGAAGAUCAAACUGAAGAAAAUGACGGUAACGGCAGUAGUUUAGAUGAUAUGAUCGAUAAUGCGAAGAAGAAUAAUAAUGAAUACUAUUCAUCAUCAGUGUCUAACCUACAAGAUAACUGCAAAUCCUGCAAAUCAAACGAAUUGUGCUUACUUGUGAAUGAUUCUCACGAAUGCCAGAAAACUAUUGGUUACGUCGGCAAAGUAAACGUGCAGAAGAAGGCAAUAUUCCAUCCCAAAUUAUUCCCAUAGAAAAUCAAAAUUAACCACAUUUUUUGUUUAACAGGUAAUUUACCCAUAUUGUUUGUAAUUGAA